AUGGAUAUCCUCUCUCAUACAGGUAGGGGCAACAAGAGUAGUGGCGAUAAUUUCCAUGCAGCUCCAAACAUUGACCAUUCACAGGAAUUUGUGAGAAAUGAUCUGAAAGAAUGGUUAUGUUGGUUGAGGGAAGAAAUUGGGUAUGAUGGAUGGAGGCUUGACUUUGCCAGAGGAUUUUGGGGUGGUUAUGUAAAGGAUUACAUGGAAGCAAGUGAACCUUGCUUUGCCGUGGGAGAGUACUGGGAUUCCCUGAGUUAUAGCUAUGGUGAGAUGGAUCAUAAUCAAGAUGAGCACAGGCAGAGGACCGUUGACUGGAUCAAUGCCACCAAUGGCACCGCUGGUGCUUUUGAUGUUACAACAAAAGGGAUUCUUCACUCAGCACUGGAAAGAUGUGAAUAUUGGCGUUUGUCAGAUCCGAAAGGAAAGCCCCCUGGUGUCAUUGGAUGGUGGCCAUCUCGUGCAGUUACCUUCAUAGAAAAUCAUGACACUGGUUCUACGCAGGGUCAUUGGAGAUUUCCGAGUGGAAAAGAAAUGCAAGGAUAUGCUUACAUUCUUACUCACCCGGGAACACCAUCUGUGUUCUUUGACCACAUUUUCUCCCACUACAGGGCUGAAAUAGGAUCACUUAUCUCUCUCAGGAAACGGAACAACAUACACUGUAGAAGCACAGUUAAAAUUCUUGCAGCAGAAACGGACGUCUAUGCAGCUGUCAUUGAUGGAAAGCUCGCUAUGAAGAUUGGACCUGGUCAUUUUGAACCCCCUAAGAGAUCCUUAGGAGGAUGGUCCUUGGCUGGUGAGGGAAGAGAUUAUAAGCUUUGGGAGGCAUCAUAGAUGCUCACAAUAUCAUCAUUUAUCAUUGCGAGCUCCAAUUGAAGUGAGUCAUGCAAUGCUGUUUCGGAGAGGCAUAGAAGCAAACAAAACUAUUUAGCAAGCUGCAGAAGCUACUAUCACAGUCAAAAAGUCAGGUUCAUCUCAAAACUGAAAAAAUAGUGUAUACAUUUAAAUUAGGAAGGAGGUUGUGUCAUAGAUUGCAUGCUUUGUAUACAUAACAUUUUACAAUGUACUAUGCAUGAUUACAUACUAUAUAUACAUUGCCUGCAAGGUUCAACGUGGUAUAUAAGAAUGUGUAGAACAGUGUGCAUUGAUAAUACAGGGUAUGUUUUGGCAGCUUUAUUGAUGGAAAAACUUUUGUUACCAUUGUGCCCAA